ACCUUCUUAGAUUUUUAAUCGAGUUCCUGAACUCAGGUUACCGAUACAAGCUACAAGAGUUGCCCUUUUCCCACACUUGAAGCGAAGGAAAUGCAGGUGGCGCUGAUCAGAAAAGAGAGAUGAGAAGAGUCUCGGUGGCGCUUCUGAGGCGAGCUUCCCCGCAUCAGCAUCAGCACCACCACCACAAUGCGCGACGCCGCGACUGCUCCUCCCUCCCUCCGCCGGAAGUGGUGGAGCCCUUCUGCGACCUCUCCGACGUCGUUUCGCCCCCUCAACGCUCCCCGUGGCUCCCCCAAAUCCUGGCCCUCCUCGACGGCUCCCCCUCGAUGGAGUCCAACCUCGACUCCUUCUGCCGCCGCUUCCUCAUCACCCUCUCCCCCUCCUUCGUCUCCCACACACUCCGCUCGCUCUCGGAUCCCCACAUCGCCACGCGCUUCUUCUCAUGGGCCGCGACCCAGCCCAACUACUCCCACUCCCUCGACUGCCACGUGUCCCUCCUCCCCCUCCUCCCCCCCGACGCCCUCCCCCGCGCCCUCCUCUCCCUCCGCCGCGCCCGCCUCCCCCUCACCCUCCCCGCCGCCCUCUCCCUCGCCAAAACCCUCGCCGCCGCCGCCCUCGUCGACGACCUCCUCUGGCUCCUCCGCGCCAUGCGGGAGGCCAACCUCCCGCCCUCGCUCCUCGCGCACAACUCCCUCCUCAACGCGCUGGUCAACGCCUCCCUCGUCGACUCCGCCCAGCGCGUGCUCUCCGCCAUGCGCGACGGCGCGUGCCCCACCAAACCCGACCUCGUCAGCUACAACACGCUCCUCAAGGGGCUCUGCAAGGCGGGGAGAACGCGUUCCGCGUUCGCCACCCUCCGCGAAAUGGAGGACGAAAACAUCCUCCCCGAUGAGAUCACUUACAUGACCCUGAUUCAGGCGUGUUACAACGAGGGCGACGUGGACUCCGUUUUGAGGCUCUACCAUGAGAUGGAGGAUAGGGGAAUUGCAGUUCCUCCUCACGCUGUUAGUUUAGUGGUGUGUGGGUUGUGCAAGGAGGGGAAGGUUCUGGAGGGUUGUGCUGUGUUUGAGAGUAUGGUUAGGAAAGGUUGUAGGGCUCAUAAGGCGGUUUACACCGCGAUAAUUGAUGGUUAUGCCAAGAGUGGGAGCUUGGAGAAGGCCAUGGCGUUUUUCGAGAGGAUGAAGGUGGAUGGGGUGGAGCCGGAUGAGGUUACUUAUGGGGCUGUUGUUGGUGGGUUGUGUAAGAGUGGGAGAGUGGAGGAGGCUAUGGAGUGUUUAAGGUUUUGUAAGGGGAAUGGCAUGGCGGUGAAUGCCGUGUUUUAUUCGAGUUUGAUUGAUGGGCUUGGGAAGGCGGGGAGGGUGGAUGAGGCGGAGAGGCUGUUUGAGGAGAUGGUGGAGGACGGGUGUCCGCAGGAUUCCUAUUGUUAUAAUGCUCUUAUGGAUGGUAUGUGCAAGAGUGGGAGGGUUGAUGAGGCUUUGGUGUUGUAUAGGCGGAUGGAGCGGGAGGGGUGUGAGCAGACUGUUUAUACCUAUACUAUACUCAUUAGUGAGCUUUUCAAGGAGAGGAGGAAUGAGGAGGCGUUGAAGCUGUGGGAUGAGAUGAUUGACAAAGGCGUCACGCCGAAUGUGGCGUGUUUUAGGGCGCUUUCGAUUGGAUUGUGUCUCUCAGGGAAGGUUGCGAGGGCGUGCAGGGUGUUGGAUGAGCUGGCCCCCAUGGGGAUUGUGUUGGAUACGGCUUAUGAGGACAUGAUUGGUGUGCUGUGCAAGGCUGGUCGUGUGAAGGAAGCCUGCAAGUUGGCUGAUGGAAUUGUGGAUAGGGGUAGGGAAAUACCGGGAAAGAUUCGAACUGUGCUUAUUAAUGCCUUGAGGAAGGCAGGUAAUGCAGAUUUGGCGAUAAAGUUGAUGCAUAGCAAGAUUGGUAUUGGGUAUGACCGAAUGCGUAGUGUUAAAAGGAGAGUGAAGUUCCAAACCCUCCUUGAUGGUUGAUUUUUUGAUUUUGUAACUAGAUAUUGCACUAGAAAAUUGGUGAAGGCCAAAGCCCGAAAAUAUAGUGCAUCUAUCAGAGUUGUUUCAUAGGCAAACUUAUGGAGUUGCUCAGCUGUUCGCCCAAUGGUUGGUACCUGAAAUUUUGUUAUAUGUUUUGUAUAUAGAUAAUUUCAUUAUCCCGUAUUUUACCCCGAAUGUUUGCCGUCUCACAUUGACAGAUGCUUAAUUAAAUAUCUUCAGACUCUUGGCAUGAGUAAAUUGGAUUGAAAUUCCGGGCAUAGUGGCUUUAGACUUAUUUGGCAUGUUUAAGGUUGUAAACCUGGCCAGACAAGAAGAGAAGUAAUGAUAGUUUUUCCCUAUUUGGAGUCACGACAUUGCUGCAGGCUUCAUAAACACAGGCAAGGGUUGAGGAUAGUUACUUUCAACAUCUAACAUUUACCUCCAACAUGUCCAGUUUCAUGUUGAAUGGUGCUUAUUUAAAUCUCGUCAGCCUGUUUGUCCUCGUAACAUUGGAUUCAAUAUCCAGGUUUAGUGACCUAUUUGGCAUAUUUAAAGUUAUAAACUAUACAAGGAUAGAAGUAAUGAGGGAAUACUUAAAGGUGCACAACAGCAUGUUUUGUGCGCUCUUAUUUCUUGAUUUUCCAGUUCAGUGGAAGUCUGCAUAUCUCAUGUUGGAAACUGCACUAGAAUACCGUGUGCUUUCUCUCCCAAGAACAUGAUCCCUCCUAUUCAUCAACUGUAACUGAUAAGGAGUGGGAAUGGGCUAGUUCUGUUACUGGAUACUUAAAACUUUUAGAUGAAAUUAUGAAUGUAUUUUCAGGCAACAAAUUUCCUACAGCUAAUAUAUAUUUCCCUGAGAUUUUUGUGAUGUCCAUAUUCAAUUAAUUGACUGGUGCCGAAGUUCAGAUAAUUUUCUUAGUCCCAUAGCUUUGAAGAUGAAAGCCAAAUUUGACAAGUACUGGAACAAGUGUAGUUUGGCUUUAGCUGUAGCUGCAGUCCUAGAUCCGCGGUUCCAGAUGAAGUUGGUUGAGUACUACUACUCCCUAAUUUAUAGUAGCACUGCUCUGGAGCGUAUCAAGGAAGUUUCUGAUGGUAUCAAAGAACUUUUUAAUGCAUAUUCCAUCUGCUCAACUGUGAUUGAUCAAGGCUCAGCCUUGCCUGGCAGCAGUUUACCUAGUACUAGUUGUAGUUCCAGAGAUGGGUUAAAAGGCUUUGACCGAUUCCUUCACGAGAGAUCAGAGUCAGUCCAUGACUUCAGACUUGGACAAGUAUUUAGAGGAACCAAUCUUUCCUCGUAAUUCUGAUUUUAACAUAUUGAACUGGUGGAAAGUCCACAUGCCAAGGUAUCCAAUUUUGUCUAUGAUGGUACAUGAUGUUCUAGGUACUCCAAUGUCAACUCUGGCGCCGGAAUUGGCAUUUAGCACUGGGGGCAGAGUGCUAGAUUUUUCUCGUAGUUCACUAAACUCAGAUACACGUGAGGCUUUAAUAUGCACUCAAGAUUGGCUCAGAAAUGAAUCUGGAGAUAUACUAAAUCCAUCCCCAAUCCACUCUGCUGUACCUCUUCUCAUCGAAUGAAGUUACUUUUUCAAGGCCUUAUUGAAGAAGCAUCUUAGAGUUCUCAAGUUUGCCUUUGUUCCCUGUGUCAUUUAUAGCUGGGAAGUGCUUGCAAAUAUUCUGUGAAGAUGCACUUGUAUAUUCUUUAGAACAACAAUAUAGAUUUUUUUUUUAAUAUUUAUAGAUCUCAUUUCCGUUAGAUGUUUUUAUUGGACUGGCAUUAGGCUGAAUCAAAUUUUGUAGAGGGUUGCAUGCCCUUGAUAUCAAAAUGGCUCAUUGCCUGAGUUUUCUUUCGCU